UGGAACGUUCGCAGGCUGCGCGUUCCAUUUAGAGUGUGCGAGCGUUCUAAAGAGUCUGGAUGCUGCAACAACGACUUCCCAGCAGCCCCCCCUGCACACUGAGCCCAACUCACAGGCAACAAAUGUCUGUGACUGCUUGAUUUUCCUCCUGGCGGCUGUAUGAUCCUCCAGUAUUCGUCAUGCACAAGGAUCCGCUAUUACCAAUUACUACAGUAGCUCUGCCCGGGACCUCCCUACAGAGAGCCUGCAGGCUUCUGGUACUCCUCUGUGCUCUCCAUCUCAGCGUUACCCUGGUUUAUUAUGUGUCUGGGGGAGAACUGAACAUCUUCCAGUACUUUGUACAGAACCAGCAAGACCAGUAUCGCCGUUUUGCCAAUGCUACCCCCAGCAGCGUCCAGAAUUUGCUAAAACCUGGAUAUAAUGCAAAAGAUCAGGAGAUCAGGAAUACCUCAAACAUGGUGGACCUGCCCAACUGCCCAGAGACAUCCCCUCUAUUAGUUGGUCCCCUUCGAAUAGAAUUCUCCGUGUCUGUGAAUCUAGAAGAGGUCCGAAAGAUAAACACAAAUGUUCGUGAAGGAGGCCGGUAUACUCCAGAGGACUGUAAGGCCCAGCAGAAGGUAGCACUUAUCAUACCGUUCAGGAAUCGCGAUGAACACUUGAAAUACUGGCUGUAUUAUCUUCACCCCAUACUCCAGAGACAGCAGUUGGACUAUGGCGUAUAUAUUAUCAAUCAGGAUGGAGACGUCACCUUCAACCGCGCCAAAUUGUUAAACGUCGGCUUUGCAGAAGCAUUGAAAGAGUACGAUUAUCAGUGCUUUGUGUUCAGUGAUGUCGAUCUCAUUCCAAUGGAUGACCGUAACAUUUACAAAUGCUAUAGCCAGCCCCGGCACUUAUCUGUGUCUAUGGACAAGUUUGGAUUUGGUCUGCCGUACACUCAGUACUUUGGAGGUGUAUCUGCCUUGAGCAAAGAUCAGUUUACAAGAAUAAACGGAUUUCCAAACAAUUAUUGGGGAUGGGGUGGUGAAGAUGAUGACAUAUACAAUAGAAUAGCAAGCAGAGGGAUGUCGAUCUCUCGGCCUGACGCUGUAACUGGGAAAUGCAGAAUGAUCCGACAUAACAGAGAUGACAAAAAUGAUCCGAAUCCUAAAAGAUUUGACCUCAUAGCUCAUACAAGGCAUACCAUGAACUCUGAUGGGAUAAACUCGCUCUCUUACCAAGUGAUCAAAAAAGAAAAAUAUCCUUUGUACACAAAAAUCACAGUGGAUAUUGGUUCUCCAAGAUGAUCUGCUCUGGAGAAAACUAAAAACCCCAGAAAUUCCUGAUUUACUUUUGAAAGACAUUUUUGCUCCACACAUGGGUAUUGGACAAGUUAAGAGGCCUUCAACUGAUGAUUUGUAUUUUAACAAAAAAAUAAUUUCAAGACUGUAAUUUAUGACUUUAUGCACAGAAUUAUGUAUCCUCAUGAUAUGCAAUAUGCAAUUCUCUUCUCUAAGUGCUCUUGCAAGCUGUCAGUGCCUUGUAAGCAAAGUGCUAUGUCGUUUUUUGAUUUUGCAAAAAAAACAAAACAAAAAACCUAGUGGCUUUUAAGCUGAAUGUAUUUCCCUGCACACAAUGCUGCUACACGGAUGUUUACACAAUGUUACCGUUUCCGUAAUUCGCACGAGUUACGGUGCAUAUUUCAUUAAGAGAGCGGUGAGUGGGAGUCGGUUUUAUGGAAUUUGUUAUCAAGCCCAUUUCUGUUUGGAGAAAAUGGGAUUGGAUUCUCUCUAACUAGCAGUCAAGCUGUUAAAUCAAUGCAGGCACAGAUGCUUUAUUUCAGAGUUUUGCAAUGGCUUCUUUAUUAUAAUUUUUAUUCGGAAGUAAAUAUACAUGAUAUUUUUGAAAUAUGAAGAAUCCAGGUUUUGUAUACGAUUCAGGCAAGCCCUAUGCUUUGAUAGCACGGGGUCUAUAAUAUUUAUUUAUGUAAUUAAGAACAUUUUAUGAUGCAUCCUUCU